UGUGCGACGCUGACAGUGAGAACAGACGCGAGGCGAGACGCUGGAUUUGUGGUGGUCUUACAUAUUUUAUUUAUUUAGUUUUUGAUUGAAUUACUUGGGUCUGUCGGUUUCUGAGGAUGCGAUGGGCGGUGAGGUCAGUAAAAACCGAAAGAGCGAGGGGCCGGCUGCUCAGCGUCGAUUCAGCCACGGGUUCCUCUCGAACGUGGGGGUCUCCAUCGUUCAUAGACUCGGACACUCAGCUGUAUUUUCUCGCCCUGUGGGAGCAGACAGCAGGCAGCCCAUCAGACUCCUGUUGCCUCCAGAGGACGGCGCUGAGGCGUCCGGCGCAGACCCGACUCCUGCGGCUUUUAUCUCUGUCUUUCUGCCCGAGUUCCCACACCGCAGAUGUCCUGAUCAUUUCCAGAUCCUGGGCUUCAUCGCUAAAGGCUCAUUUGGACCCAUCCUAAAAGUCAAAGAUAUUUCCAAAGAGAAGAUCUAUGCAGUUAAGGUUCUGCCAAAGUCUGAGUUAUUGAAGCACGGAGUCCUGGAGCAGUCGAAAGAGGAAGUCAUCAUUCAGCGGCAGCUCAAACACCCUUUUAUCCACAAUCUGCAGGACUGCUGGCAGACGCAGCGCCAUCUCUUCAUUAUGUGUGACUACUGCAGUACUGGUGACCUGCACACUUGUUGGUUGCUGAGGGGCCACUUUGGGGAGGAAGAGGUUCGGCUCAUUGCUGCAGAGCUGGGCAGCGCACUAGGAUUUCUACAUGACUUAGGAAUCAUGCACAGAGAUAUAAAAAUGGAGAACAUUCUGUUAAAUGAUCAAGGUCACCUUCGACUGUCUGAUUUCGGUCUGUCUCGCCGCCUGAAACGAGGAGGGCGAGCUUUCACAAUAUGUGGGACGAUCCAGUACAUGGCUCCUGAAAUCUUGAGCGGGGGUCCGUACAACCAUGCUGCUGACUGGUGGUCUCUUGGGAUUAUGCUGUUCUCACUGGCGACAGGAAAGUUUCCACUAAUGGCAGAAAUAGACCACUGUCGCAUGCUGGCAAAGGUCAGAGAUUUUUCUUAUGUGGUGCCUGAGACGUUCAGCUCUGCUCUGAUCCUACUCCUUACUGAGCUUUUGUGCAAGAAUCCGAUGAACCGCCUUCGUAAUCUGGAGUGUUUCAAGAUGCAGACGUUCUUCCGUGGCACUUCAUUCAACCCUUACAUCCUCCAGAAGACACCGGUUGAAUUCAUCCUGGAGCUUAGGACGCACCCCGACUGGGCAGCCAAAUCCGCAAGAGGCUUUUCAUUGGAUUACUUUGAUAACUUUGACUGUGAUCAAAUCCUUCACUCCCCCGUGAGUCCCAGUGAAGUCAUAGGGUAGUCAAAGUCUCCUACUUUGGCCAGUGUGGACCUAAAAUCGGCUGCAGAGCAGACUUGCAAAGCGAAAAAUCGAUCUGUUUUUAAGGAUACUAGAUACAUGAAUUCUGCAUGUGAUGGCAUUUCCAUAACAGACUUGUUUCUCUACAGACUUAUGUUACCUCUUGGAAUUGAAAGUUGUAUUUGGACCCCAAAGCGCUUUACACAUCCAGUCAUGCACCCAUUCACAUUCAUCCUGGUGGUGAUGGCAAGCUACAUUGUAGCCACAGCCAUCCUGGGGCCCUCUGACCACCACCAGUAGGCAA